UACUUUUUUUUUUUUUCUUCCUCCCACUGCAACACUCACCACCAUCUCAACUUCUCUCUCUCUCUCUCUCUACAUCGGAGAGCUCCGCUCCGAGCCAACAACCUCCGCCGCUCGAUCCGCUUUCUCUCUCCUCGCCCCGCCCCGCCCCCCGCCUCCUCGUCGCCUCGCCCUCCCCGCCCGACCGGCCGAGAUGGAGGAGGCCCUGGAGCUCGCGCGCGCCAAGGACCCGAAGGAGCGGCUGGCCGCCGUGGAGCGGCUGUACCAGCUCCUCGAGGCCUCCCGGAAGAGCCUCUCCGCCCCGGAGACGUCGUCGCUCGUCGGCUGCUGCCUGGAUCUCCUCGGGGACGGCAACUUCCGGGUCUGCGAGGGCUCCCUCCAGGCCCUAGCCUCCGCCGCCGUCCUCUCCGGCGAGCACCUGAAGCUGCACCUGAACGCGCUCGUCCCCGCCGUCGUCGAGCGCCUCGGGGACGGCAAGCAGCCCGUGAGGGACGCCGCCCGGAGGCUGCUGCUCACGCUCAUGGAGGUUUCUUCGCCAACAAUAAUUGUUGAAAGGGCUGGGUCUUUUGCUUGGACUCACAAAAAUUGGAGAGUCAGAGAAGAGUUUGCUCGGACUGUGACUUCUGCAAUUGGUCUCUUUGCAUCUACAGAGCUUCCUCUUCAGCGGGCCAUCCUUCCGCCGAUUUUGCAAAUGUUGAACGACCCAAAUCAUGGUGUUAGGGAAGCAGCUAUAUCAUGCAUUGAGGAGAUGUAUACACAGGCUGGGUCUCAGUUUCGUGAUGAACUUCAACGGCAUCAUCUCCCUUCAUCAAUGGUGAAAGAGAUCAAUGCAAGAUUAGAGAAGCUCGAACCACAAAUUCGUAAUUCAAAUGGACUUACGGGUAAUUUUGCUGCCACAGAUACAAAGCCUACAAGUCAUAACCCUAAACGAAAUAGUCCCAGGGCAAAGAGUUCUACUAGGGAUAUGUCUCUAUUUGGAGGUGAAGGUGAUGUCACAGUAAAACCCGCAGAACCAAUUUCUGUAUACUCAGAGAAAGAGCUGAUAAGGGAAUUUGAGAAGAUUGCUUCUACCCUUGUACCGGAUAAAGAUUGGUCAGUUCGCAUUGCUGCCAUGCAAAGAAUCGAAGCACUAGUUUUUGGAGGUGCUGUUGAAUAUCCAUGUUUCAAGGGACUUUUGAAGCAACUUGUGGGCCCUCUGAGCACACAAUUGUCUGACAGAAGGUCCAGCAUAGUGAAGCAGGCAUGCCACCUGCUAUGCUUUUUAUCUAAGGAGCUCCUGGGAGAUUUUGAAGCCUGUGCCGAGUUGUUUAUUCCAGUUCUUUUCAAGCUAGUUGUGAUCACUGUCCUUGUUAUUGCAGAGUCUGCUGAUAAUUGUAUAAAAACGAUGUUGCGUAACUGCAAGGUUUCACGUGUUCUUCCUCGCUUAGCCGACUCUGCAAAGAAUGACCGAAAUGCAGUACUUCGUGCAAGGUGUUGCGAAUAUGCACUGUUGGAAUUGGAACAAUGGCCUGAUGCGCCAGAAAUACAGCGAUCUGCUGAUCUUUUUGAGGAUCUUAUAAGAUGUUGUGUCGCUGAUGCAAUGAGUGAGGUUCGAUCCACAGCCAGAAUGUGCUACAGAAUGUUUUCAAAAACUUGGCCAGAGCGCUCCCGCCGCCUGUUUUUAUCUUUUGAUCCUGUGAUUCAGAGGAUAAUAAAUGAAGAAGAUGGUGGCUUGCACAGGCGACAUGCUUCUCCUUCGAUUCGUGAGAGAAGUGCACAUAUGCCAUCCACUCAUACCUCUGGUCAUACAAGUCUACCUGGAUAUGGAACUUCUGCUAUUGUUGCAAUGGAUAGAACGUCUAGUUUGUCCUCAGGGACUUCUCUUUCUUCAGGGCUGCUUUUGUCACAUUCAAAAGCAACAGGUAAAGGUGCCGAACGUAGUCUUGAAAGUGUGUUACAUUCAAGCAAAGAGAAGGUCAGUGCCAUUGAAAGCAUGCUUAGAGGCUUGGAUAUAUCUGAUAAGCACAAUCCAUUGGCUCUUCGUUCAUCUAGUCUGGAUUUAGGAGUUGACCGUCCAUCUUCUCGUGAUCCGCCGUCUCCACAUGCAAUUCCAGCCUCCAACCAGAGCUCUUUAGCCUCAGAUUCGGCUGCAGCAGUUAUCGGCAGGGGUAGCAACCGAAAUGGUGGCUUGGGUUUAUCUGAUAUCAUUUCUCAAAUUCAAGCUUCCAAAGAUUCUGUCAAGUCAUCCUAUCGUGGUAAUGCGGUAACUGAGACUUUGUCAGCAUUUUCUGCCUAUUCAGCAAGGAGAACUUCAGAGAAGCUGCAUGAAAGGGGUUCAAUUGAGGAGAAAGGUGACAUUAGGGAAGCUAGGCGAUUGACAAAUCUGCACAUCGAGAGGCAAUAUAUGGACACACCACACAGAGAUGGAAGUUUGAGGGAUUUACAGAGCAGUCAUGUCCCUAACUUCCAGAGGCCGCUUUCGAGAAAGGCUGUGGUGGGAAGAAUGUCUGCAAGCAGGAGGAGAAGCUUUGAUGAUAGCCAGCUAGCGCUGACUGAUUUAUCAAGUUAUGUGGAUGGUCCAGCAUCUCUCAGCGAUGCUCUUAGCGAGGGUCUCAGUUCAAGUUCUGACUGGUCUGCUAGAGUUGCUGCUUUUAGUUAUAUAAAGUCUCUGCUGCAGCAAGGACCAAGAGGUAUUCAAGAAGUUGUCCAAAACUUUGAGAAAGUCAUGAAGCUAUUUUUCCAGCAUUUGGAUGAUCCGCACCAUAAAGUUGCACAGGCAGCUCUUUCCACUCUUGCUGACAUCAUUAAAUCUUGCCGCAAACCCUUUGAGGGUUACAUGGAAAGGAUUGUACCACAUGUUUUUUCGCGUUUAAUUGACCCAAAAGAGUUAGUUCGGCAGCCUUGCUCAGCAACGCUAGAAAUUUUGAGUAAGUCAUACAGUACAGAUUCCCUUCUACCUGCUUUCCUUCGAUCACUCGAUGAACAACGCUCUCCCAAGGCAAAAUUGGCAGUGAUAGAAUUUGCCAUCAAUUCAUUUAACAAGCAUGUGGCAAACUCUGAAGGUUCUGGUAAUAUUGGUAUAUUAAAACUAUGGCUUGCUAAGUUGACUCCCCUAGCCCAUGAUAAAAAUACAAAGCUCAAGGAAGCAGCUAUUUCUUGCCUCAUAUCAAUUUACUCCCACUAUGAUUCGACCGCAUUUCUCAAUUUUGUCCUAAGUUUGUCUGUUGACGAACAGAAUUCCUUGAGACGAGCUCUUAAACAGUACACUCCUCGUAUUGAAGUUGAUCUGAUGAACUUUUUGCAAAGCAAGAGAGAGCGACAGCGUUCCAAGUCUGGUUAUGAUCCAUCUGAUGUUGUGGGCUCAUCAUCUGAAGAUGGAUAUAUUGGUCAGCAAAGGAUGGGUAAUUUCUUUGGCAGGUGUUCUGCUGGUUCCCUAGACAGUAAUGGGGGCAGGAAGUGGAGUUCUAUGCAAGAUUCGUCCCUGCCUACUGGUGGGAUUGUAGCAUCUAAUGAAACUCAUGAUAGCUUGUACCGUGACUUCUCUGAUUCCAAGUCUGAAGACCUGAGCUGCACAAUAAAUCUCACUGACAAUAAUAUAGAUUCCCAGAUUGGUCGGAUUGAACAUGUGUCUACCGUGAAUCUAGAGGGCUGGUCCAGCCCACAGGUGGACAUCAAUGCUAUGGGCAGUUCUGACCUUGGGGCUGCUGAAAACUUCAGUCCUGAUGGUGAGACUUCAGCCGAGGCUGACCUCGACAAUCGCAAUUUCUCCGCUUCAAAAGUUAAUGCAUUGCCAGACGAGCCAAGUAUUCCCCAAAUUCUUCACCUGAUCGGUAACAGCAAUGAUGAUGUUUCAUCUUCAAAUAGAAGAACUGGACUUCAGCAACUGGUUGAAAUAUCUCAGGCCAGUGAUAUUUCUAUUUGGACAAAGUAUUUCAAUCAAAUUUUGACAAUUGUACUUGAGGUGCUGGAUGAUUCUGACUCCCUCAUCCGUGAACUCGGUCUUUUGUCGAUUGCUGAAAUACUCCAGAAUCAGAAAGAUAUGAUAGAAGAGUCUAUUGAGAUUGUAAUUGAAAAGCUGCUUCACGCUAAUAAGGAUGACGUUGCCAAGGUUUCAAAUGAAGCUGAGCAUUGCUUAUCUAUUGUAUUGUCCAAGUAUGAUCCUUUCAGAUGUCUAAGUGUUAUUGUUCCAUUAUUGGUUACUGAAGAUGAGAAAAUGCUUGUUACUUGCAUAAAUUGUUUGACGAAGCUUGUGGGACGGCUAUCACAAGAGGAGCUGAUGGCUCAGUUGCCGUCAUUUUUACCUGCUCUUUUUGAAGCAUUCGGGAACCAGAGUGCUGACGUUCGCAAGACUGUAGUUUUCUGUCUGGUCGAUAUAUAUAUCAUGCUUGGGAAGGCAUUCUUGCCAUACUUGGAAGGCCUUAACAGUACACAAUUGCGCUUGGUGACCAUCUAUGCUAAUCGUAUAUCGCAAGCCAGGACAGGAACUGCCAUAGACACUAAUCAUGUUUAGCUCUUCUUUUCUUUUUUUCUUUUUUGGGUGGGAAAGACAAUGACCAUGAGGUUCUAUGGUUCAUUGUUGUGUAUUUUGUAAAUUUGUGUGAAAUGGGUUGUUGGUAUAUAUAUAUUUUCGUACAUAUUGCUUUUACUUUUAAUUUGUUUGGUUUUUUGUGAGUGAUUGAUUAUGGUGGGAGAGAUUGUAAUUUUUAUUUGGAGAGCAACACUUGAAACAUGAAAAAUAAAUGUGAUUUUGGAGGAAA